AUGUUACUCCCCAUUUUCCAGUCAACCGCCAGAAACUUUUCGAGGUCGGCCAGCCGGUCUCUGGUUGCCUGCAGCAGGAUUGCCGCAGUGCAAUCAGCGGUUGCAUUUGCGCCCGCACGCCAGGCGCAAAUUUUGGGGGUACGAAACAUUUCCGCGACGGCUUCGGCUCUGGAAGAGUACGAGCGACGACGUUCGUCAGAACACCGUUCGUCUCGACCCCCUCGCUAUGAACGUCGUGAGCCCCGUGAGCCCCGCGAAGCACCCACCGUGCCCAGCAAAGCUCUUUUCGUCGGCAACAUUCCGUUCAUUGCCGAGGAAGACGAUAUACGGUUAGCCUUCGAAGAGUUCGGGGACAUAGAAAGUGUCCGAAUAUUCACGGGUCCCGAUGGUCGCAGCAAGGGCUCUGCGAGAGUCACCUUCCUCUCGCAAGAAGGUGCGACAAAAGUGGUAGAACGUUCCCUUGAGGAACCUAUCUCCAUUUUCGACAGAACUACGAGAGUAGAAUACUCUUUCUCCUCAACGCCAAGGAAUGCACGGCCCGAGCCUAACGAAAGGCUCUUCCUCGUUAACUGGCCAGGUAGCGAAUCCGAGUUGAAAGACGCGUUCGGUCGCUUCUCGAGGAGUAUCACUGAUAUUUACUUUCCCAAAGUCUACGAAACUGGAGAGAGGAACGGCAAUGUUUUCAUGAGCUUCAACAGUACGGAAGAAGCAACUGAAGCACUGGAAGCAAUGCUGGGAGCCGAGGGACCUGACGGGCAACCUAUCAGCAUCUUUUAUGCCCGUCCAAAAAAUAAUAACCACAACAACGACAGAGGACGAAGGGAUUACACCAAGAGGGGCCGAUUUGGGGUAUAA